UUACUGCUUGAUUUGCUGAAACAACGUGUAACGAGAGAUUUCCCAAAGGCUGUUGGCAACAAAUAGACCAGAGUGGAUAUAGUUUUUGAGGUUGUGUUGUAAAAUGUUUAGUAUUUAUGGAAUUUUAUUGUUUUCGGACAUUGUUUGGCGCACUAUAUCGGUUCCUCACUCCCUUCUGGGUACCUACACUGCAGUGAAUUCUGAUGAGUUCACUUGUGUCCUGUGGCUUGAUGGUGAAGCAGUCGAUUCCUACAGUAGCAAUGGCACGGACAGUGUGCCCCAUAGAAACUGGAUGCGUGAAGGACCAGGCCGUUCUCUGUGGAAGUCUGUCAAACGCCUUAAUAUGGAGCAUUGGAACAGAGGCAGAACUGACAUCUUAAAAAAUUACACAGGACUUAACAUGUCUGGUGCUGCCGUCCUGCAGGGGAGGUUUGGCUGUGAGAUCGAGCGAAACCCUGACUCUGGUGUAAGACUUAUGAGGGCCUUUGCUCAGUACGGAUGGAAUGGAGAAGACUUCCUGUCCUUGAACCUCAGCAGGCUUCAGUGGGAGGCUUCAGCAGGAUCUGCUGUCCCCAUGAAGAGGAAGUGGAACAGGGACGAGGACAUCACCACGGAAACUAAGAACUACAUAGAUUACAUCUGUGUGCAUCACCUGGAGAGAAGUUUGUCCUUUGAAGCAGAGGAGAGCCAGGAGACAGUUAGUCACUCCCUGCUAGGCACCUACACUGCAGUGAAUACUGAUGAGUUCACUUGUGUCCUGUGGCUUGAUGGCGAAGCAGUCGACUCCUACAGUAGCAAUGGCACGGACAGAGUGCCCCGUAGAAAUUGGAUGCGUGAAGGACCAGGCCGUUCUCUGUGGAAGUCUGUCAAACGCCGUAAUAUGGAGCACUGGGACAGAGGCAGAACUGACAUCUUAAAAAAUGACACAGGACUUAACAUGUCUGGUGCUGCCGUCCUGCAGGGGAGGUUUGGCUGUGAGAUUGAGCUAAACCCUGACUCUGGUAUAAGACUUAUGAGGACCUUUGCUCAGUACGGAUGGAACGGAGAAGACUUCCUGUCCUUCAACCCCAGCAGGCUUCAGUGGGAGGCUUCAGCAGGAUCUGCUGUCCCCAUGAAGCGGAAGUGGAACAGAGACCGGACCAUCACUGUGGAAACUAAGGACUACAUAGAUUUCAUCUGUGUGCAUCACCUGUUGAAGAGUUUGUCUUAUGAAACCAAGGAGAACAAGGAGACAGGUUAGUACCAAGAUCCCAAAGAAAAUGGAGCACACUGCAGUAUAUUGGAAACAACGUAAUAUAUGUGUCAAGAUAUCAGAAUUUCACAAUAUAUGGGGAACUAUUAAAAUUAUUGCAGCUUUCAUUGCUAUAUAUCCACACACAAACACUAUACUGCUACUUGAAAGUUUGUGAACCCUAUAGGGGUCAUUAUUUUAUUUUGUAAACCAUUUCCAUUUCUUUAAGCUUUGAAAGCUUUUUUCUGGCUUUUUUAAAUAAAGGAUGGUACCUUAUUUAAAAUGUA